AGUUGGGCAUCGGAGGUUUGUGAAGUAGUAUCUGAUAAGGACGGAUCGGGGAUCUUCGGAGGGUCUGUCCCUUUGUAAACCUGCUUUCUCCGUCCUGGGAAUGCCUACGGAAACUGACGAUAUUUGCUAGGAUCGUGAAUGGAAAGUAUUCACAAACUGGACCAUCACCUUUCAGUUCAAUCCCCAAGUCCUGGCAUUGUGCUCUAUUUGAUUACAGGAGCGACAGAACUCCCGAAUAAUGGAAACCUUCGCUGAGGGGGCCCGGGUCUGGGUCAGGCACAGAGAACAGCUGCUUCCGUGCACAGUCAGCUCCUGUGAGGACGGUGAUCUCGUCCUCACCACAGACUACGGAGAGGUAAUCUGCCUGCAGUCCAGCGAGGUGAGCAGACAGAAACUAUAUGCCAUGCAUCUAUCCAGCAUCAACGGGGUGGAGGACAUGUCAACCCUGGCCGAGCUGCACGAAGCCGCCAUCAUGCACAACCUGUACAUCCGCUACUGGGAGGACUGCAUCUAUACCAACAUCGGCUCCAUCCUGGCGGCGGUGAACCCCUACAAGCAAAUCCCCGGGCUGUACGACCCAGCUGCCGUGGACCUUUACAGUCGCCACCACCUGGGGGAGCUACCGCCCCACAUUUUCGCUGUGGCCAAUGAGUGCUACCGCUGCCUGUGGAAGAGGCACGACAGCCAGUGCGUGCUCAUCAGCGGGGAGAGUGGUGCUGGAAAGACAGAGAGUACCAAGCUGCUUCUGAAGUUUCUGUCGGUCAUGAGCCAAAAUUCAUAUGGGACCCCACCUUCCGAGAGGACCACCCGUGUGGAGCAGGCCAUUGUGCAGAGCAGUCCCAUCAUGGAGGCCUUUGGGAACGCUAAAACUGUUUACAACAACAACUCCAGUCGCUUUGGCAAGUUCAUCCAACUGCACUUCUCGGAGGGCGGACACAUUCAGGGGGGCUGCAUUGUCGACUAUUUACUUGAAAAGAAUCGAGUGGUGCGUCAGAACCCUGGAGAAAGGAACUAUCACAUCUUCUAUGCACUAUUAGCUGGUGCUGAUCAGGAUCAUAGAGAGUUGUACUUCCUUGAAGAGCCAAAGAACUAUCACUACCUACGGCAGUCUGGAUGUGUGAGAGACAAGAGCCUGAAUGACAAAGAUCUCUUUGAAAGUGUGAUGGAAGCUCUGAAGGUCAUGGAAUUCACGGAGGAGGAGAUCCGUGAUGUCUUCAAACUGUUGUCUGGAGUUCUACAGUUGGGCAAUAUCGAGUUCAUGACGGCCGGAGGGGCCCAGAUCACAACCAAAGGAGUGGUCAGUAAUGUUAGUGAUCUGCUGGGGCUAGACUCUUUCCAGCUUUCGGAGGUUCUCACCCAGCGCUCCAUGAUCCUGCGAGGAGAGGAGAUCUGCUCCCCUCUGACCGUGGAGCAGGCCGUUGACUCCCGUGAUUCGGUUGCCAUGGCUCUCUACUCCCAGUGCUUCUCUUGGAUCAUCAUGAGGCUGAAUCAAAAAAUCAAAGGGAAGGACAACUUCAAGUCUAUCGGAAUCCUGGACAUAUUUGGUUUUGAGAACUUCGAGGUGAACCGGUUUGAGCAGUUCAACAUUAAUUAUGCCAACGAGAAGCUGCAGGAGUACUUCAACAAACAUAUCUUCUCCUUAGAACAGCUGGAAUACAACAGAGAGGGAAUACAUUGGGAGGCUAUUGACUGGAUGGACAACGCUGAGUGUCUAGAUCUAAUAGAGAAGAAACUCGGCAUGUUGGCCCUCAUCAAUGAGGAGAGCCGCUUUCCCAAAGGCACUGACUACACCCUGCUGGAGAAGCUCCAUAGCCGACAUGCUACAAAUCCUUACUAUGUGAAGCCCAGGGUGGCCGACCACCAGUUUGGAAUCAAGCACUAUGCCGGAGAGGUGCUUUAUGAUGUUCGUGGGAUUCUAGAGAAGAACAGAGACACAUUCAGAGAUGACAUUUUAAACAUGCUGAAGGAUAGCAGGUUGGACUUUAUCUACGACUUGUUUGAGCGUGUGGGGAGCCGGAACAGUGAGGAGACACUGAAAAUGGGCACCGCUAGGCGCAAGCCUACAGUCAGCUCUCAGUUCCGGGACUCCCUUCAUUCCCUGAUGGCCACCCUGAGUGCCUCCAACCCCUUCUUCAUCCGUUGCAUCAAACCCAACAUGGAGAAGACGCCUAGUGUCUUCGACCCAGAAGUGGUCCUGAAUCAGCUGCGGUAUUCCGGGAUGCUGGAGACUGUAAAGAUCCGACGGGCUGGGUUCCCAGUGCGCAGAACAUUUCAGGACUUCCUCAGCCGGUACAAAAUGAUCAUGAAGAACAAGAAUUACAGUGGUGAAGAGAAACAGAUGUGUGUUGGACUGCUGGCGACGUAUGACAGCACGCAAAAGGAGUGGCAGCAAGGGAAGACUAAAGUGUUCCUGAAGGAAGCGCUGGAGCAGAGACUAGAGAAGGAGAGGGAGGAGGUGCGGUACAAGGCGGGCAUGGUGAUCCGAGCCCACAUCCUGAGUUAUGUGGCCAGGAAGCACUUUAAAAAGGUGCGGACCAACAUCAUCAUCAUCCAGAAGAACUACCGUGCUUACUUCUGGAGGCGUGCCUUCUUGCAUCUGCGCCUGGCCACUCUGGUCUUCCAGAAGCAUCGGCGUGGACAGCUGGCCCGUAGCAUCUGCUGCAAGCUGCGAGAAGAGAAGAGGAGAAGGGAAGAGGAGGAGAGGCGCAAGAGGGAGGAAGAGGAGAGGAGAAGGAGGGAAGAGGAGGAGCGCAGAAGGAGAGAGGAGGAGGAGAGGCGGCAGAGAGAGGAGGAGGAGAGGCUGAAACGGGAGGAGGAGGAGCGGCUGAGGCAGGAAGAGGAAGAAGAGCAAAAGAGGAAAGAAGAGGAAGCCGAGAGGCUCCGUGUCCAACAAGAAGAGGAGUUAAAGAGGAGGCAGGAGGAGGAGGAACUGAAGGCUAAACAGGAGAUGGAGUCCCAACAGAAAGAUCUGACUGUGGAGCCGUCAUCUUCAUCCCGGAGUGUGUCCGAGGAGGAGAGCCGUCAGAUGGAAGAGAUCUUGCGUCUGGAGCGAGAGAUCGAGCGGCUCCACAAGCAGCGGGAGGACGGAGUGUCCCAGCUGUGCGAGCGCGGUAGGGAGGAGCUCCAGCGGCAGCGUGAUGCUGAGAUCUACCGGCUGGAGAAGGAGGCCUCGCGUGUGGCUACAGAGUUCCUGGAGCUGCUGGACUUUGGGGUCUUGGAGCAAUCUGUCUCAAGUGAGGAGAACCUUCAUGACCUCUCAGAGAGCAGUGCCCCACUGGCUGAGGAGGAGGCAGAUGAGGGCUUCCCUGCAGAGGAUGAGUGCAUCCACCUACCUGACUUUCCAUCUGCUGUGGGAAACCCCCUGGAUCAGGAGAACUUCUCCAGCCUGCCUCCCCCUCCACCUACAUUUGCAGAGGAGAUGGAGCCAAACAUAUCUCCCAGCCCUUUACCCCCACCACCGCUUCCAGACUCCGCCAAGGAGGACGAUGAGCCAGACUAUGCAAGCAUCGACAUGCAGGAAUCUGAGGACCCCAUCUACAGCAAGCCCCCAGAUGCAGAGUCAGACUAUGACCAGGACGAGGCUGAAGAAGCCCGACACGGCUAUGAAGAUGCCGCCAGCACUAACGGAGGUCACAUGACUGAUAAGGAGGUCCUCCGUAAGUCCUGCUGCACCUACAAUAGCUUGGACUCGUACCGCGACAGCUCUGAAUCUUUCAUUGACAGUGAUGAUGACAAUGACGUGGACACAGAUGAGGAGGUGUCCAAUGGCAGAGUCAGUCUGCUCAACGGAAAUGGGCCUCCAUACUUUCACAGUUACCUCUACAUGAAAGGUGGGCUGAUGAACCCGUGGCGCCGACGCUGGUGUGUCCUGAAGGACGAGACCUUCAUGUGGUUCAGAGCCAAGCAGGAGUCCCUCAAGUCUGGGUGGCUGUACAAGAAGGGCGGCGGCCUGUCCACUCUCUCCCGGAGAAACUGGAAGAUGCGCUGGUUUGUCCUGCGGGACUCGAGGCUCAUGUACUUUGAGAAUGACAGUGAGGAGAAGCUGAAGGGAACCAUCGACAUCCGGACAGCCAAAGAAAUAGUGGACAAUCAUGAAAAGGAGAAUGCACUGAACAUUGUCACUGAGGAAAGGACCUACCAGGUCUUUGCAGAAUCACCGGAGGAUGCCAGUGGCUGGUUCAGUGUGCUGAGUCGCGUCCACAGUGCCACCCCGGAGCAGCUGCUGGAGAUGCAACAUGAGCAGGCUAACCCUAAGAAUGCCAUGGGAACGUUGGAUGUCGGGUUGAUUGAUUCUGUCUGUGCCUCCGACAAUCCAGACAGGCCCAACUCCUUUGUGAUUAUCACAGCCAAUCGGGUGAUCCACUGUAAUACGGACACGCCAGAAGAGAUGCACCACUGGAUCAGCCUUCUGCAGAAGCCAAAGGGCGACUCCAGGAUCGACGGUCAGGAGUUUGUGAUUAGAGGCUGGCUACACAAGGAGAUGAAAUCAGGUGGGAAGAGCACCUCCCUCAAAUUAAAGAAGCGCUGGUUUGUGCUGACCAACAACUCCCUGGACUACUACAAAACCUCAGAGCGCGGAGCCUCGAAACUGGGCACUCUGGUCCUGAAUAGCCUCUGCUCUGUGGUGCAUCCAGAUGAGAAGGUCUUCAAGGAGACGGGCUAUUGGAACAUUAUUGUACAUGGGCGCAAACACUCUCACCGCCUCUUCACCAAGAUGCUGAACGAGGCCAUGAGAUGGACCUCUGCCAUACAGGGAGUCAUAGACAACAAGGUUCCCAUUGAGACCCCUACCCAGCAACUAAUCCGGGACAUCAAGGAGAACAGUCUGAACCCAGAGGCAGUGGAGCAGACGUAUCGGAGGAACCCCAUCCUCAGAUACACCCAGCACCCCCUGCACUCGCCCCUGCUGCCACUGCCAUACGGGGAAGUCAACAUCAGUUUCCAAAAAGAGAAGGGCUAUGCUAGCCUGCAGGAUGAGGCAGUAAAGAUUUUCAACUCACUCCAGGAAAUGGAAGUUGUGUCAAACCCAGUGCCUAUCAUCCAGGGCAUUCUGCAGACAUGCCAGGACCUGCGGCCCUUACGGGAUGAAGUGUACUGUCAGCUGAUCAAGCAGACCAAUCAUGUUCCGCAGCCCAAUAGCCCAGCCAAUCACGCGCACUGGCAUCUGCUCACUUGCAUGAGCUGUUCCUUCCUGCCCAGUCGCUCCAUUCUGCGAUACCUCAGGUUCCACCUCAAGAGGAUUAAGGAUCAGUUUCCAGGGAGUGAAAUUGAGAAGUAUGCUCACUUUAUUGGGGAGUCCUUGAAAAAAACCAAGUCCAGAGAAUACGUGCCAUCCCAGAGUGAGAUUAUUGCCUUACGGAUGAGACAGGAGAUGACCACCACAGUUUAUUGCCAUGGAGGUGGAUCCUGCAAAAUCAGCAUCAACUCACACACCACCUCUGGAGAGGUCGUUGAGAAGCUGAUCCGUGGACUGGCUAUGGAGGAUAGCAGGAAUAUGUUCGCCCUCUUUGAGCACAACACCACCACAGACCGGGCUGUAGAGAGCCGGGUCUUUGUGGCUGAUGUGCUGGCCAAAUUUGAGAGGCUGUCAGGCAGUGAGGAGGAGGAAGAUGGAAAAUGGCGCCUGUAUUUUAAGCUUUACUGCUUCCUGGAUGUGGAGAAUGUGCCGAGAGAAGGGGUGGAGUUUGCUUUCAUGUUUGAGCAGGCCCACGAGAGCCUGAUCCACGGUCACUUACCUGCCCCAGAGGAAACCCUGCAGCACCUGGCUGCCCUGCGGCUGCAGUAUCUCUACGGGGAUGCAGGCCGGGCCAGUUGGAGCCUGGACAGUGUGUACCCCGUGGGCCGGCUGCGUGCCCGCAUCGUGCAGUCCACCAAGGCGGGUGCUACGGGGACCUCGGGGGCUCAGACACUGGAGCGGAGGCGCACCAGCUUUCUGGAGGGUACCCUAAGGCGCAGCUUCAAGACAGGAUCUCUGAGGAAGCAACGUGUGGAGGAGGAGCAGAUGCUGGAGAUGUGGGUGCGCGAGGAGAUGUCAGCCACACGUGCCAGCAUCCAGGAGAAGUGGUCCCACCUGCAUGGCCUUCCCCAGCACCAGGCCAUGUUCAAGUACAUGUCCAUCAUCAGGGAAUGGCCUGGCUACGGGUCCACCCUGUUCGACGUGGAGUGCAAGGAGGGCGGCUUCCCCCAUGAGUUGUGGCUGGGCGUCAGUGCAGAGAGCGUCUCUGUCUACAAGCGAGGCGAGUCCAGGCCUUUGGAGACCUUCCCCUAUGAACACAUCGUCUUCUUUGGUGCACCGCAAGCCAGCACCUACAAGAUCACUGUGGAUGAGAGGGAGAUGUUCUUUGAAACCUCACAGGGUGGGGAAAUCACCAAGAUCAUGAAGGCGUACAUUAAUAUGAUAGUGAAAAAGCGAUGCAGCAUAAGAUCUGUAUCGAGCUGCGGAAGCACCUGGACCAGGUGAUGAGAAAGGUCCAGUCAGAACACAGCGUCCUUACGCUCACGGAUGGAUCCAUCGCAAAUGCUGGUCGGCAACAGAAAAGCUAAUUCACAGAUGCUAAUUGGAAGCAAAGGACUGAUGAAGACUGAAUGGACUAUUACCUCAACCCUGAGGAUUACUGUACAUUCAGAAAGCUGGCACAAUAUAGAACAUAAUAUAUUUAUGUAACUUUUUAAAAUAAGGUUACAGAAACCUAUUUAAUUUUUGGCUAAAUAUUUUAACUGGUAGGUUUUUUUUUCCCUUCUCACUGGAGACAAAAAGCUGUUGGCUUGUUCUUCCCUUUGUCCCCAAGCUAUGCAAAAAGCUCUCCCUCUGUCCUUCUUUGGUAUGUCCUCAUUUUCAUAGGCACAGUCAGAAACAUGAUUCCUACUCUCAUGCGGGUGCCGGAAUUGAGGCACAGUGUCGUAUGUUCAUUCUCAGUGCCACAAGAUCAAAUAUCCUCUCCCAGGAACUAGUUCUGAAGAUGGCAUCUCUGCUGCUAGUGUCUUGUCAUUAUGCUCUCAGUGAGGUGCCAGUGAUGGUAGUAUGCUAAUUAGAUUUGGAAUCUCAUUUUAUAGUGGACUGAACGUCAUGUUCCAGUGUGAUUCUUCAUGGUCAUAAAUGCCCUUCUCUGUACAAUAUUUAGAAGGUGUAGUGUGUUGUUAAGUAAGGGUAAAAUGAUGAACGACUGUUACAAAUCAGACUGAAUUUAGCCUUCCAGGUGCAGGAAGCGGUAUGUCAGCCUGAAUGCAAAAUGGGGAAAAUGUGUUCCGUCCCUGACUGAAUGCCUUACACGAUCAUGCUGCUUCCAAGUCUCUCUGUGAUUUCAUUGUUGAGACGUUCUUCUUCGUGACAGAUCCUCCCAGCAGGCUGCCUUGCUCCGACAGUGUUGUACUUAAAUCACUGCUUUAUGAGCUACUCAUGUUCAGCAUUUCACUAUGCUGAGUGGUGCUGGGAUCUCUGUGCUGAUAUUUCCGUAACUUUUUUUAAACAAAAAAAAAAUCCCAGUGACACCAAAAAUCUGUAUUUUUAGCUGGUAUAAUACAGGUUCUACCAAAUGAAAGUGUUAUUGAAACAAAUUAAAGUAGCAGGUAUCUCUGGAGGAGGAUGUCAAAACGUGUUUUUUAAAGAAAGCGGAGAAUUAGGAAGGGAUGGUUAUUUCCUGCUUUUCACCAGUGAUUACAUAGCACACUGUGAACCUGGAAAGCACAGAGAGAGAGUGUAAUGAUGAAGUGCGAUGCCUCCCUCGUAUGUCACUGUGUGGGAUGGUGGGUCGGUCCUUUAUCGUCAGGAUCUUCAUACAGCACUGCCUAAUUUGACUACUACUGUUACACAGGUUAAUGUUUGGCUGCCGGCAGCCAGACCAGUCCCAGAAUGUACUCGUAUAUUAUUGUAAUUAUGAACUUUGUGGUUCUGUGUGUGUGUGUGUGUGUGUGUGUGUGUGAGAGAGAGAGAGAGAGAGAGAGAGAGAGAGAGAGGGAGAGAGAGUAUUAUGAAGGAGAGGCUGUUUUUGUAACUGGCUUUACAAAUUUGUUUAAUAAAUUAUUUGAUUACUGA